AUGUGGUUCAUUUCGUUGCAGAACGAUGCAGACGUUGGAAAUUUCAAAACAUUUUCCACUCCAAAGUCAAAUGAACUCUCGAUAAACUUGAAUCUCAAUUGCGAGGUGCCUCCGAAUCCUUCAUUUAAAAUUUUUUUAUUCCGACUCCGGCGCUCCUCAAUGAAUUUUGAAAACAGAUGGGUCUUGAGAUCCGCUCUGAACUUCGCAAGUGAUGGAGAAAUAGUUAGAGAAGUAGGUAGAGAGUUCCAGAGAAAAGGACCAGAAAAAGCAAAAGCAGAUUUGGCAAAAGAGUGUUUAACACGAGUUAAGAAAAAGCGAGAAGAAGAAGACGAUCGUAAACCGGGGCGUUUAGAAGGAUUAAGUUUAAGACACAUAGAAUCAGACCAAGCGAUAAUCGAAGAAAGACAUAGAGAUAAAUUAUGA